GAUGAAGAAGAUACUGGAUCAAUUCCAGCGUUGCAGACUCGCAAAAUGCCCAAUGCUACGUUUGAAGAUGAAAAACCCACCUUCCAUACUAACCAGAAACCUCCUGGGAACUCUGAACCAUUCCAAUUGUCGGGAAGUAUUCAAGUGCCAUACACAAUAAACAGAUACCUACGAGACUACCAACGUGAGGGUGUUAAAUUCAUCUAUGACAACUAUGUGAAGUCUAGAGGUUGCAUCCUGGGAGAUGACAUGGGCCUUGGGAAAACUGUUCAGGUUAUCAGCUUUUUGGCUGCUGUUCUGCAGAAGACAGGGACAUGGGAGGAUGUUAAGAAUAACAGGCCAGAGUUUUUGCAGACACAGGUCCCCUCAAAGCAGUCCAAAGUUAAGAAGGUUUUUCUCAUUGUUUCUCCUCUGUCUGUGCUGUACAACUGGAAAGACGAGUUGGACACUUGGGGCCAUUUUAAGACCGUUGUUGUACAUGGUGUUCGAAAGGAGGAGGAAUUGGCCCGUGUGAAUAGAGGAAGAUGUGAAAUCGCUCUGACUACAUAUGAGACCCUCAGACUUUGUCUAGACCAAUUCAACAGUAUUGACUGGACUGCUGUCAUUGUGGAUGAGGUUCACAAGCUGAAAAACAAUAAGUCACAGAUCACACAGGCAAUGAAAGAGUUGAGAUGCAGCGUGCGUGUGGGUUUAACCGGUACUAUUUUACAAAACAACCUUGAGGAACUGUGGUGCGUCAUGGAUUGGGCUGUCCCUGGAUGUCUGGGUUUACUGGGAAGUUUUAAGAACAGGUUCUCAGAUCCCAUCGAACAAGGACAGAAACACAGCGCAACGAAGAGAACCUUGGCUCAAGGACGCAAGGCGGUUCAGUCUCUGGCUAAAAGACUGUGCCGACGGUUCCUCAGGAGAACCAAAGCUCUUAUCAGGGACCAGCUACCUAAAAAAGAUGAUCGGGUGGUGUACUGCGCUCUGACAGAUUUUCAGCAAACAGUGUAUCAAGCGGUGCUGGACACAGACGAUGUAAAGUUGUUACUGCAGAGCUCGGAGAAAUGUCCCUGCAGGAGUGGACGCUCCAGAAGAAAGUGCUGCUUCGGGCUUAAUUCUGAUAGAAACCUGUACUUCAGCUAUCUGGCUAUACUGAGGAAGGUUGCCAAUCAUGUAGCUCUGCUGCAGUCCAGAGAAGGAACCAGUGAAAAACAGAAGAAAUAUGUGACGGCUAUCUGUGAGCAAGUCUUCAAGAAGUUUCCAGAGUUUUCAGAAAGAUGCAAGCAGGCUGCGUUUGAGGCCCUGUCAGACCCCAUCUACAGCGGCAAAAUGAAGGUUCUGCAAAGGUUGAUUAAUCACUUCAUCACGAGAAAAGACAAGGUUCUUCUUUUUUCACUUUCCACCAAGCUCCUAGAUAUUUUAGAGAGUUACUGCAUGGCUGAGGGGCUGGAGUACCGCAGACUAGAUGGAACCACCAAGUCUAAAGAUCGCAUUCACAUUGUCAAGGAAUUUAACAGCACCACUGAUAUCAACCUGUGUCUGGUGUCUACCAUGGCCGGUGGUCUUGGACUGAACUUUGUUGGAGCUAAUGUUGUUGUACUGUUUGAUCCAACAUGGAAUCCAGCAAAUGACCUUCAGGCUAUAGACAGGGCAUAUCGCAUUGGGCAGUGUAGAGAUGUGAAAGUUUUCCGAUUCAUUUCUCUUGGUACAGUGGAGGAAAUUAUCUAUCUGCGUCAGAUUUACAAACAGCAGUUGCAGUCGUCUGUGAUUGGAAAGGAGAAUGCAAGACGGUACUUUGAGGCAGUACAGGGUACCGAAGGUCAAGCAGGUGAACUGUUUGGAAUCAGGAACCUGUUCCGCUUUCAGACUAAUGGGACAUGCCUCACGCACCGCAUCCUGGAGAGGGAGGGCCACGUCGAGGUGGGGAUCAAGACGGCCAGAACACAUGCGAUGGAUGACGGGGUGCAAGAGCUGGAUCAAGGCCUUGCAUCAGCACAUGGCUCUUCAGGGCAAACAGGUGGCCAAGCAGUGACAAGUGCCAGGCUCUCUGAUCCUGGAGUUCUGGACUUCAGCAGUGCCAGUGAGGAUGAAGAUCCCUGUGGUUCUAGAUCAAAAGCCACAGCACCGAUAACACUAGAAGAGUUUGGAGCAAGCACUAGCUCUGCUGCUAACGUCAAUCUUUGUGCACUGCUUCAGAAAAAUCUAACUCAUUUGGUACAAAUUGGUUCUGAGAGCAGUGACGAAAGCCAGUCUGAAGAGAACACGAUAGGAUCAAACCUAGAAGAGAUCAAAGCUGCUGAAAGGAAAACAGAAUGUGAGCUUUAUAGCGACUCUGAGGAUGAGAGAAAUACAACUUCAGGGAUAAAGUUCCAAGAGCAAGAUGUUCUUCACCACCACAAUAAAGCCCGACAGAAUGACAAAAAGGUUCCUAACAAGGAGCAAAGACAGAAUUGGGCAAGACUUGCCGAACAAAGGCGGAGGUGGGAAAAAGAGAUUGAGAGUUUUACAUCAUCUGAGGAUGAAGCGCCAUUAAAAGAUGUGAAGUCUAAGAACCGUCAUGCCUCAAGUACACAACAGAAUACAUCAGCUCUCCAGAGCCAUAUGAAAAAACACCACGCUGCUCCAAGAAAAGUUCAUUUUACAGGCUUAAAAAGUCCAGCUGAUCAUUCCAGAGAGGUGCAACUCAGAGAGUGUACCAGCACUGGCACCAUCGACACAUUGUUGGGUGGGCUUCAGGAGGUGAGCUACACCCACUCCAAUCAGAAAGUAGUGGGAUCAAGCAGGGCGGAGAACUGCAUUAGUCGCUCUGCUUUACGAGAUGUGUUUGAACUCAAUAAACACUCUCAGCUCCCAGCAAAUCACUUAUUAGACCUGUCUGAGACCCAGUCUGGAGUCUCCCAGUCAUCUGAGUCUGGUAAAGAUGAAGGCCAAAAUCUAUCAGGACAAAAGUUUCAUCCGAAAAAUCUGGUCACGCACUCCAUCAGAACCUCUGUUCAAACCAACAGUGCAAUCAUCAGUGUUGGUAAAACGCCUGCAGCUGUACGCAAGCAGCAGCUGAAGGAAAUGGCGCAGUACUUUGGAGUGAAGUCUGUGCAUGAGUUUGCAGAAGAGCUUGUCAGCAGCGACUCGGCACAGCGACUGCACAAGUUACGUGAGUUCUACAGUCACAGCAGCCCUGAUCUUGUAGAUGUUAUUCAACAGACAUUUCCUAAACCUGCAACUGAGCUUAAUCCAGCUGGUUCAACCUCCACUGCUGCACGCAACAUGACUAGACAAAGUUCUUCUUCAAAAAGAAGUCAUGUAAACUCUCGGAACCUUCAGAAACCUCCCAAUAAAGAGGCAGCAGAAGAAAUUUCAGUUAAGAAGAGAAGGACUAAAGCUUCAAGCACGACAGAUCUGCGUCCUCAUUCUUCUGGUCGGUCUGAGCGUACAAAUCAGAAUUUCUCAUCAUCUGAGCCAUUUCUUAAAACUUCUAAAGAAAACCAUCAAACAACAAGUUCUUCUGAAGUUGGUGAAAACUUACGGGACGGAGAGUCCAGUAUAACAUGCCGUGACUCCUCUGCUGAAUUGGCACAUUUUCCUAAAGAUGACAUUGCAGGCACAGAUUCUAUCCAUCCUAAUAAAAACCUCAUUAAUGACCUCAUUGGUGACACAUCCAUUCUCGAUGACCUUUUCAAGCCAAAGAAAACUGCAGACCGGCCAAAGUCCACAACAACGCCCAUGUCUACACCCGCAGGUAGGACAAAAAACAGAGGGAAGGACUUCUGGGAUAUUUUGAAUGAAGGGAAUGAAGAAAGCAUCAAUAAGCUAACAGAUCCGUCUCAGGUGGAGAAGAUGUGCAGGACCGUCACUGUUCCUGCUAAGUCAAAAUGUGAAAAUUCACUAGAAAGCUCUCAGCUCUGGAAGAAGAAUGAAAAGUUUCUUUGGAAAUGAAAAAAAAAAACAACCCUCAAAACCUCAAAGCAUGAAUGUGUGUGUGUGUGUGUGUGUUUUAGGAGACAAACUAGAAUUUUUUUUUUUUUUUUACAUCAUU